CCCCGUGUCAGUAUUCAUACCCUAAUUUCUCUCUCUCAACAUAUAAAUAUAUCAUUCGAUCAAUUUGAGCCCCAAAACCCCCCUCGAAUCCUCCAAACCCUCGCCAUUAUCCCCGCACCGCUUUCCCUCUUACCCCUUUUCUCUCCUCGAUUUCCUUCAAUCCGGCUGGCGGCGCAAGUGAAGAAGCCAAGGGAGCAUGCAACAGCAACACCAGCAGGCGGCGGCGCAUCCUAUGCCCGCGAUUCCACCGGCCAACAUCACCACCGAACAGAUUCAGAAGUAUUUGGAUGAGAAUAAGCAGUUGAUUCUUGCAAUUUUGGAGAAUCAGAACUUGGGAAAGCUCGCUGAGUGUGCACAGUAUCAAAACCAGCUCCAAAAAAAUCUAUUGUAUCUGGCUGCUAUUGCAGAUGCCCAGCCUCAGGCAUCAGCUGUUCGACCUCCGCAGAUGAUGCCACACGGUGCGGUGCCACCAGGAGGCCAUUACAUGCAGCAGGCACCCAUUUUCCCCACUAAACCUCCUUUGCAGUUUAACCAUAACCCACAACAAGUGAUGCAAGAGCAGCAGCAGCAGAUGCAUCAGCUCCACCACCCGUCGCAGGUGCUGCCUUUUCCUGGCCACAUGGGAAUGAGACCUGGUCUUAUGAACGGCAUGCAUCCAAUGCACCCAGAAGCAACCCUUGGAGGUGGCAGCACCAAUGACUUGCAGCCAUCAGCAAUGGCUGACUAUCCACGAGGCAUAAGUAAUGCUCCUAGCAGCUCAAUAGAUGCCCGAGGAAACAAACAGGAUGCAGUUGGCACCGCCUCUGAUGCAACCGGUGCUGCAGAUGGCCAUAGAACUACAUCAAUGGACCGUGGAAGUGGUGAUGGAGAACCAACUCAAUCGAAAAGGCCGGAAGAUAACAAGACCCCUUGAAUCUCUUUAUAGUCCAUAAUAGUUUUGUGCUGAUGUGUGAUGAACAUUGGGUUUAACAACUAAUAUCAGAUAUUGUAUGAGAUACUGGCUUCUCGUACUUGGUUCUCUUGAAUUGUUGAACCAUGUAAUGAAUGAUCUAGUUUUCAGUCUUUAACCAUGCCUGUCAUGAUUUUACUGGUUCUUUAA